GCGACGGGACACGCUAACGGGUGGCCUUGCCUCGGAGACCGCUCCCUGCACGGCAGGAUGGCGCAGAACCUGUACAGCCCGCGGGUCCGGAUGGGCAACUGGAACGAGGACGUGUACCUGGAGGAGGAGCGCCUGAAAGACUUCUUAAAGAAGCGGGAUGAGGGAGAACUUCUCAUACAGAGAAGCAGAAGACUGAAAAAGAACCUUCUGAGACCGAUGCAGCUCUCCGUAUCUGAAGACGGAUAUGUUCAUUUCGGUGACAAAGUGAUGCUUGUGAACCCCGACUAUCCCGAGACAGAAGCUGACGUGUCCCUGGGCGGGGACCUGGCGCUGAGCAUGACUCCAGAUGAGAUCCAAGCCCAUCUGAGCGAGGAACUAGAGGUGCCCUGUGGUCUGAGUGCGGUUCCAACCAAGAUCCCGGUCGGCAGAAACACUUUUAUCAUUUUGAGCACAGACAGAGAUUCCAGUGGUCAAGUCCUCAGGUACGGGCAGGACUUUCACCUCGGGAUAACAGGAGGGUUUGAAAACAAGAUGCUGUACUUAACGAGCGACCACAGGACUCUUCUGAAGUCGUCCAGGAAGUCUUGGCUCCAGGAGGUAUACCUGACAGACGAGGUCUCCUACAGGAGCUGCUGGCAGGCUGCCUCGCCCGACCCGCAGCUCCGCCUGGAGCACGAAGGCUUCCCCGUCCCGGCAAACGCCAGAGUCCUCAUCAAUCACUGCCACACGAACCGCGGCCUGGCGGCCCACCGCCACCUCUUCCUCAGGACCUACUUUGGGAAGGAAGCAGAGGUCGCGGCUCACACGCACCUGGAUUCACACCGAGUUGAAAAGCCGAAGAACCACUGGAUGCUGGUGACCAGGAACCCCAGGAACGACUCGCCCACCAUGCUGGGCCUGCCCAGACCGCCGGCCGAGGACACGCGAGCCGUGGAGCAGGCCAUGGGCCUGAACACGCAGUGACACGCCAGCACACGUGUGUCCUCUCGGGCUCUGCUCUCCUCAAAUGUAGCUUUAAAAGAACUUUAACCUUGCUCACGCCUCAAGCAAUUUUGAAGUAAGGUAUAGCGCUCUCUGAGAGCUGUAUUAGAACUAAGGCUGUGUUAAGAUUAUUGAACUUGUGGGGGGAGUCUGGGGCUAGACUCCCCAGGUCUGGGAAUAAACAGCUUUGGAAAAUGA